GUCGCAACGCGGAGGCCUCCGGUGUCUGGUCCUCGGGCGGGGAGGCGGCCGUCUGCUCAGGCCGCGAUGGCGGGCACCCCGGGGCCGGAGAUCCGGGAGAAGUUCCAGGCGGCGCUGGCCCUGUCGCGGGUGGAGCUGCACAAGAACCCGGAGAAGGAGCCGUACAAGUCUAAGUACGGCGCGCGGGCGCUGCUGGAGGAGGUGCGCGCGCUGCUGGGCCCGGCGCCCGAGGACGACGACGAGCGGGCUGCGGAUGACGGACCCGGCGACCAGCCCCUGGGCGCGGCCGAGCCGCGGGACGCCGAGGGCCCGGGGGGACAGCGGGCGCUGCGGCUCGCGGUGAUCGAGUUCCACCUCGGCGUGAACCACAUCGACACGGAGGAGCUGUCUGCUGGAGAGGAGCAUCUGGCCAGGUGCCUGUCGCUGCUGCGCCCCUUCCGCCUGUCGCUCGGCUGCGUGUCUCUCUACAUCCAGGCGCAGAACAACCUGGGCAUCCUGUGGUCUGAAAGAGAAGAGAUUGAGACUGCCCGGUCCUACCUGGAGUCAUCAGAAGCACUGUACAAUCAGUACAUGAAAGAGAUUGGGAGCCCGCCUCUUGACCCGACUGAGCAUUUUCUUCCUGAAGAAGAGAAACUUACUGAACAAGAGAGAUCAAAAAGAUUUGAGAAGGUUUACACUCAUACCCUGUAUUUCCUGGCUCAAGUCUACCAGCACAUGGAGAUGUUUGAGAAAGCGGCUCAUUAUUGCCACAGCACACUAAAGCGCCAGCUUGAACACAAUGCCUACCAUCCCAUGGAGUGGGCCAUCAACGCUGCCACACUGUCCCAGUUUUACAUCAAUAAGCUCUGCUUUAUGGAGGCCAGACAUUGUCUGUCUGCUGCUAAUGUUAUUUUUGGUCAAACUGGAAAAAUCCCAGCUACAGAAGACAAUCCUGAAGCUGAAGGAGACAUGCCGGAGCUCUACCAUCAAAGGAAAGGGGAAAUAGCGAGAUGCUGGAUCAAGUACUGCUUGACUCUGAUGCAGAACGCCCAGCUCGCCAUGCAGGACAACAUUGGAGAGCUUGAUCUUGACAAACAGUCGGAACUCCGAGCGUUGAGGAAGAAAGAGCUGGAUGAGGAAGAGAGCAUCAGGAAAAGGGCUGUACAGUUUGGGACUGGCGAGUUGUGUGAUGCCAUCUCUGCAGUGGAGGAGAAAGUGAGAUACUUGAGACCGUUAGAUUUUGAAGAAGCCAGGGAACUUUUCCUACUGGGUCAACACUAUGUGUUUGAGGCAAAAGAGUUCUUCCAGAUUGAUGGGUAUGUCACUGACCAUAUCGAAGUAGUCCAAGACCACAGCGCGCUGUUCAAGGUGCUCGCUUUCUUUGAGACUGACAUGGAGAGGCGGUGUAAGAUGCACAAGCGCAGGAUCGCCAUGCUAGAGCCCCUGACUGUGGGCUUGAACCCACAGUAUUACCUGUUGGUCAACAGGCAGGUACAGUUUGAAAUUGCACACACUUACUAUGACAUGAUGGAUUUGAAGGUUGCUAUUGCUGACAAGCUCAGGGACCCUGACUCACACAUUGUGAAAAAAAUAAAUAGCCUGAAUAAGUCUGCACUCAAGUACUACCAGCUCUUCCUAGACUCCCUGAGGGACCCAAAUAAAGUGUUUCCUGAGCACAUCGGGGAGGAUGUUCUCCGCCCCGCCAUGUUGGCUAAGUUCCGAGUAGCUCGUCUUUAUGGCAGAAUCAUCACUGCAGACCCUAAGAAAGAGCUAGAAAAUUUGGCCACCUCUUUGGAGCAUUACAAAUUUAUUGUUGAUUACUGUGAAACUCACCCCGAGGCUGCCCAGGAAAUAGAAGUUGAGUUAGAACUUAGUAAAGAAAUGGUCAGUCUUCUCCCGACAAAAAUGGAGAGGUUCAGAACGAAGAUGGCCCUGACUUAAGGGAAGGAAACACAACCCGGAGCAAUUCCCCUCCACCCCAUAGCGAGCCAGGCCUGGCUCUGUGGUCGCCUUCAACACCAGAGCUAGAGGAAGACACCUGAGCAUCAGAUGCAGUCAGGUACCUGAGUCAAUGCUAGGACUUAUGCAGCAUAGAGUUAAUGCAUAAUUUAUGCCUAAUUAUGUAAAUUGCCUUGCUAAGUGACAGGUGUUUUGCAUUUUCGAUCGCUUGUUUUCCUGUUUCAAUAUGAGUAUCUCCUGCCUUGACUUCUAACUGUUAUGUCCUCUGCUGACUAGUACUUGUUGGAUUUCACACUAGGAACAGCACGAGGUAAUGUGCCUGGUAGAAGAGCCUGUUACUGUGACGAAUUUGAGAAAGUCACUUCUAUAGUCAUUCUUUGUAAAAUACUUUCUCAAACUCCUAAAUAAAUCUUUCCCUUUUAAAAAUACUAAAAGCUUAAGUUAAUUAAAAAUGCUGUAAAAGGUCGGGCAGUGGUGGCACAUGCCUUUAAUUCCAGCACUCGAGAGGCAGAGGCAGGUGGAUCUCAGUGGGUUCAAGGCUAUCCUGGUCUACAAAGCAAGUUCUAGGACAGCCAGAACUGUUAACACAGAGGAACCCUAUCUCGAACCCCCCCCCCAAAAAAAGAAAAUUGUAAAAUGGCUUAUCUUAAUUGUAGGACAAAAGGCCUUGCACAUAAUAAAUUUACUUUUUUCAACUAAUAAA